GAGUUCGGUUAAGUUACGUCGUGAGGUACUAAGACUGCUCUGCACUGGUGGUGGAAUUUAAGCCGGGUUAGAAGUAGACAUCGAGAUUGGAAGCAGUGCGACUUGCGACCAUCUGUGUUUCUCGUGUGUCGGCAUGAAUUUUCCGAUCGUUCUCAGAAGGAAGCUGAACUAAAGACGCAAGAGGGUAGAGGAUGCUAGGGCUAGGUACGAAGUGGUGACCUAGCACUAAUUUCCGUGCAAGCCCUCGAUGCUUACGCUACGGCUGGUGUCGACACACUUCCUGAAGCAACCAUAGGCAGUGCCCUUCGCCUGGAAAGGGCUUAUGAUGUGCCGUGAUAGGGACAUGAACCCAGAACUAGUCGAUAUCUACGAUUCGUUGUUAUUGAAAGUUUGAUCUCGUCAGGACGGACCGACUGCGAGAGCGACGGACCGACCACGCAGUAGAGAGUGAGAUACCAUCCGGAAGCACUUUUUGUACCGGACGGAAGCUCCUCCGUUCUUCUAUAAUUUUACUUUAUUUCCCUCCUGCGUUGCGCAUCUAAUUAGAUUCUAUACGCGUUUUUACUAAACGACGGGGACGUGGCGGAGUCUCCGCGAGGAUCGCAUUUCGUAAGAAGAAAAAUACAAUCACGGGAAAGAAGCCCAACGUACCGGAGAGUGUCGCGAGUACUCUAAUUCCCCGAUAAAUCGGAACGGGAGCAUCGCUAGGACGAGGGAGGAUCUACCCAGUUCACAUUCGAGUCUCGAAGACAGCAAGGAAUCUUGAGCAAGAUCAAAGGCAAGAGGAAUCCAAACGAAGAGGCAGGCCAGCACGGCUUGGCGGGACUGUUCACGAGAACUUUCAGGCUGAAUUCGGGAUACUUCAACCUGUGGAGAGUCGCGAAAGAGUGUAUUUUUUAUAUCAAUAACAGUGCGGCAGUGGGUCGCGGUGUAGACGGAGUGGGAUGAGACGACCUCAGCAAGAACCUCUUCAUCACCAUCAUCACCAUCAUCAUCAUCAUCAUGGAUCAUCAGCCAGUCCCACACGCUCCCGUCAAGUUCACGAAAAGGAGGAGUCUCGACUUGCUCGAGUAAAGCGUGUCCUUGCUGGAUCGCUUUUGGGUCGUGGAACGGGAUCUGCAAAGGUCUUUGGCACCCGUCUGGACCUGGUUGAGUCCUAUCAGGAUACUGGAGUCCCGUUCGUAGUUCAUCGACUGUGCAGCUACAUCGAGACCCAUGGCUUUCAAAGUGCAGCCGUCUUCAGAUUAUCCGGUGGCAAUCCCAGGGUGGCUGAAAGACUCAGGGCUGCCUUUGAGCGCAGAGGGGAUGCCGAUUUAGAGGGUGCCGCCUGCCCGCCUACAGCUGCAACUCUCCUCAGACAGUAUCUUAAGGAACUUCCGCAGCCCGUAGUAUCUUCUGCCCUCGUUGGUAGAUUGCUCCAAAUUCACUCUCAGGACUACGAUAAGGAUCGUGAGAACUGGAUCGACACUACCAAGGAACUUCUGUCGACCCUACCGGCCUCGCACUACCGUCUUCUCGGCUACCUAGCAAUCUACCUUGGCAAGUACGAGGCCAAACAUGGCAGAAGUGCUGGCGUCUGCGGUGUCUUCGCACCGGUUAUUUUGCCGCACGUACCGCCAGCGACAACCCUCCUCAGGGACAUCCUCGGCGAGGCUACUGUUCUCUUUCCUGACUGUAUCAAAGGAUCCACGGUGUACGGUGUGAUCUCAACCGAUUGCAAAGUCUGCAAGGACUCUAAGGGCGAGCUCAAGGAAUCCGAGAGCACGUCGCUGCUUUGCGCGCUGAAACCGCGCAAGCGCAAGGAACGCCGCGAAUCUUGUUGCCAGGAAAGGAAGCUAAUAAGGAGCAACAGUGAAGAGCGCAUUUUGGAAAGUGCUGCCAACACUGCCGAUUCGAUACGCAGAGUAAGCAGUCACGAGGAUUUCAACAGCGCCAAGCAUCUGCACUUAUUAUCGCAGCUCGGUCCGGACAUGGGUCACGGAGUGAGGUGCGCCGGGUUUCCUCUUCACGAGAGAACCAACGUUUCUCCGGUUUCUAAUAAGCCGUCGCCGGUCCCAUCGCCCUGCGAUGCUGUUCUGGCUUCCGAGAGGUUCGAAUGCGACGCCGAGCGUCUCAGAAGCAGCGAACGCUUCAGUAGGAGUGUCACUCCUCGGGGAAGGCGUCAAGCCAGACGCAGAAAAGUUCACAGAGGUUCGGAUGUCGAUCAGAAUUCCAGUAAAGAAAACGAGGAGGAACUCGAGGGUAUUUAUGCCCGGUCUCUUAAUGCAAACAGUCGCAAUGGUUCGCCUGGGCCCAGCUUCCUUGAAAUGCUAAGCAGUGGGCCCAGUAGAUCACCAUCUCCUGUUCGACCUCCGAUCCUCGAUCAUGAUGAUACGAACAAUCCCAGUUUGACGAACUGGGGUUUUCAGCAUAGACAGGGCACUGUGGAGGAAGAAACUGAUGCUCGCGUGGAAGCCAUGUUGUCACCAAGGAACUCGUUGCUGGUGCCCAGAAGAUUUUAUUCUGAAAACGAUGUUCAAUCCAACGUUCCGAAUGUCACCGAGCAUGGUCUCAAAACUCUGACUAAACACAUUAAUGGCUUGAAGAAGAAAAUCAAAAAGUAUGAGGACGAGUUCGAACAGAACUUUGGCUAUCGUCCUAGUCACUCUGACAAAAUGAGUAACCGCGACAUCAAGAAACUCUGCUCGGAGCUUAAUAAGCUGAGAAAGGAGCAUAAGAUACUCAAAGAAGAUCCAAUUGGUGCGCUUCUGGCGAAUGCAAACAACAGGCUGAAUAACGCCGGCAGUCCAACGAACAAUAACAACAGCCCGGAGAAGUCACGGGCAACGUCCAUGGAAGAGAUGAUCAAGGAAGUUGAACGGAAACUCAAUGAGAAGAGACUUAAGGGUAACAGACCGGAUAAUAUGGAGGAAUUGACCUACGAACAAUUACUUGACGAGAAGACCGCCGUUCAGAAGGCUCUUCUUCACAUCGAAAACGCCUUUGGAAGAGCUGUUUCUAAGGAAGAUAGAGUAAUCGUGCGACCACUCUAUGACAGAUACAGAACACUCAAGAGACUAUUGAUUAGAGCUGGACCGAAUAAAAAUAAAGAUAGCGUGACUGAACUCGCGACUAUUCUGGAGCACGAAGCAAUGGACUUCACGUCGUCCACACUUCCUGGCAAUGCGGCGGACGGGGAAAGAAGAGCCAGCGAACCUGACAUGUCUCACCGUGGAAUUCUCGACUGCAUCGAGAAUGUCGAACAAUUCCCAACCGACAGCGACAGUCAGCACAGCAGCAGCGAAGGAAGUCGCGGUGUUGGAGAAAGCCUUCACGCGUUGCCACAAGAGGAGCUUCUGAUUCAGCAACGAGCUACACGCGAAGAAAAGAAAAAACUUCGUCGUGCCCUCAAGGAACUCGAAGUCCAGUUCGAAGCUCGAGCGGGUCGCCGAAUGCAAAGAGAAGAUCGCGGUCCACAAGUAACGACAGUGUACGAGUCUUAUAAGCAAGCGAAAGCCAAACUGAGACUGAUUGAGGCUCUGCUUGCGAAGAAAGCUUAAAGCAACGUAUAAAAUCUCGAGAGACCGAGAAUUGAUACCCGUUGACGUCGUAAAGACGAAUUUCCAUUGAAAUCGAAGAAAUUCGAACGAUGCGUGUUCUUAGAAAAUGGCGUAAUCGCAUCGAGAGGUCUUUUUUGUCGAAUUUAUAGUAGGGGGAUACAGAUAAUAACAAUCAAGAUCUUUUCAAGCUGUACGAUCGAUAAGUCGUAAAAUUUUACGUAGAACUUCUGGAAGAUUAAAAACAUUCUCUUCGCGGAGUUAUUAUUUCGUUUGACUUGUUUGAGUACUACUAUAAUGAGGAUGUUACGGUGGCCAUUAGGCUUAUGGGUUUCUUGCAGGGGGAGAGUGGUCGUUUUAACCUAUUGGCUACUUCUUCUUUGCCUUCGUACUCGAUUGAGAGGUUAAUAAAUAAUGAAAUUUCUCGACCUAUGAAUAUAUUGAAUUUAUAUUAUUAUUUUUUUUUUUUUUAAUACACUGGUGUACUUCUCGUUUCCUUCUAGACGCAUUCGAGUACCAAGGCUCAUAUCUAUUUGGAAUGCCUUUAUUUAUUUGUACUUAUCUAUUGUUCACGUGUGCGGUUUAAUGACAGAGUCGCUCUGUGUUAAAAAAGAAAGUUAUUUCGUUCGUCAUAUUUCGUAAACUCUUCAUUUUGACAUAUACAUACGUACAACACUUACGCGUGCUCCAUUUCAUUAGCACUAAACGCGUAUUCAUAAAAAAUCAUUAAAUGAGAAAAUAAAUGAGUAUCGAACGGAGGGAUUACUUGUAAAAAUAAGUACCUUAAGAGAUAUCACAUGUUGUAAUUGUAAGAGUACUAUAAAAUGUUAUAAUCAUAUAACAUAUGAAAAGAAAAAGACAAAGAUAAAGAUUGACUACGUUCUUGUUGAUUUUUAUGUUACAUUUGCACGUUUAAAGUGUGUGCGAAAUGCUGACGAUUAUUUUAAUAAUCGUUCAUCACGUAUCACGGUGUUUCUACGUGAAUCACAAAAUUCUUAUCGUUGGGUGCUAUGUCUUUAAAUAACGUAAGGGUCGACAUCAUACGAAUGACAUUGACAAUUGAACCUAUGCCGAAGAAAUCUGUUUAGGACACGUCUUCCGUUUUCAUAAUUAUUAAUCUUUCUACGCGCGCGUAGAACGACAACUUGACGAGUCGCUACUUUACCGUGAAUAUAUCUGUACAUACAAGGAUCGGUAUCGACGGUAUAUUAACACACUUCAAUUAAUUCUGGAAAUAGAAAAUAACACGUACCAUGACUUUCGUCAUUUUCAUAUAGGACUUUAUUACGUUCUUGAUAAUGGUAAUCAAUAUACAGUGUAUGAGAGACAAUUUUCUAGACCAAAGCAUUUUUUAGUCUGUGAUAUAAGAUAUUUGUAUCGUGGAAAGAGUGGAUCGAGUGUGGUAAUGUUGGAACGGAUGUGAGUGCAUGAAUGAAGAGAGUCGAGAAAAUGUUUUUCUCAAGUUGUAUCAUGGAAACGUGAAAAAAUGACUUUGUUGCUUAUGAACGGAAGGAAAGGAAUGGAGAAGAUAGUCCACCUUCUUACUAGCCAGCGUUUAUCGGAACUCGACGCUGAGUACCAGCCAGGACUAUUUUCGAAGGUACAUUCUAUCCUCAGGGAAAUCGAAAGGGAGAAAGAAAGAACGGCAGAAAAAUGAGAAAGUGGAGGAAUAGAAACUUACUUUUUUAUUCUAUGCGAGAAAAAUGGUAUCAUUUAUCGAAAGACGCAUACCGAUUGCUUAAACGUGGUGAUAGGGCAUGUGUAAAAGUAUAGUGAGUGCGGCACGAAUGAGGAUAACAGAAUGCAGAUGAUAAUACUAUUUGUAGAUCGUAGCAUAACAUUUUAUAUUAAUAUUGCUUACAAUAUUUUAUAGUUUGUAGCUGGAGGAACACAGACAUUACAUUGUAUUGAUUAAUGAAGGAAGAGGGUUAAAUUUGGAAUUACGAAUCUUUUGCUAGCUACGCGCGAGUAAGAGAGACACAGCAGACAUAUAAUGAAUACAUUACUAGCCGACAAUCCAUCAAGUUGUUAAUUGUAAAAACAUGCAGCUAAUGUUUUCUUUGGUAUUUUCUUGCCAAAGAAAACAAGAAAAGGCACAAUAACAGAAGGAAAGGCAUCUCGGUUAUGGUUUUCAAUAACAUAUCUAGGGAGUAGGUUCUCGUUAGGUAUUAACGUGCAGUGAAUGAACCCGGUGUGCAGAAGUUUAAUAAUCUUAAUACAGUAAAUCUAAUCGAAUACUUUGCACAUCCAUCCUCUGCUGUAUGCGCUACGUGUAGAUGUAUUUGGAUAAAGAUGAAAACAAGCAUGACGCCCUUCACGCGUUCAGUAAAUAUCUUACAAGAAUCCCAACGACUUCGACGUUCUUACACACGAUAUACGUUAAUACGAUAUGUAUAUAUAACAUAGCGUUGUACCUACAUACAUCGUCACAUACAUAAAUGCAUACAUUCAUACUAACACCUUCAUACAUAAAUUAUAUAUAUUAUAUAAAUAUAUAUUGUACGAGAUAGCACACACGAGCGAAUAUAAUAAAAUAUGAUCUACAAUCA